AUGCCGCCGCAGUUCGCGCGCAUCCGCGGCGCGCAGGGCUUCCAGCAGUCGAACCCGUCCGUGCUCGCGACGGCCGCGCUGCUCGGCGCGCUGCAGGUGUUCGAGCGCGCGGGCGGGAUGGGCCCCGUGCGCGCGCGCAGCGUGCGCAUGACGGGCUACCUCGAGGCGCUCCUCCGCCAGUCGGCGUUCUGGGUGUCCGCGGGCGAGGGGAUGCGGCCCGCGCGCAGGGUGGGCGUCGCGGUGAUCACGCCGACGGAGCCUGCGGAGCGCGGCGCGCAGCUGUCGCUGCUGUUUCUGCCCACGGGCCGUGGUGUGAUGCCGCGGGUGCUGGAGGGGCUGUCUGCGCACGGUGUCGUGGGCGACUCGAGGAAGCCGGACGUGAUCAGGCUGGCACCGUGCGUGCUGUACAAUACGUGGGAGGACGUAGAGCGAGCGGUGAGUGUGCUGGAGCAAGUGCUGGAGCAGAUAGACAGCGAAGGGCUAGAUGCAUAA